CGCGGUUUCUGCUCCGCAGAGCUCCGAUGGUGCGCUGGCUGUACCUGUCCGGGCUGGUGCUCGCCGUGCUCAUCCCGGCCGGCUGGCAGCUGGCUCCCGAGCAGCUGCGCCACCUGGCCAGAUGGAAGUUGUUUGGAGCCCAGAACUCCCCGAGCUUCCCGUCCCUCAUCAAGAGACACUCAGAGGGGACCUUCACGAGUGACUUCACGCGGUACCUGGACAGGAUGAAGGCCAAGGACUUCGUGCACUGGCUCAUCAACACAAAGAGGUACAAUUAACAGGAAAUCCGGGCAGCAGCUUUCCAGUCACAUCCACGUAGGAACGUUGGACCUCUCCAUCACCAGCCAGGAUUGGGAGCUCCAUGGGAAGGAUUUGAAGCAU